CUAGGCUAGACGGCGUGAAGAUCGCUUCAGGAACAGGAACAGGAACAGUGCCACUGCCACUGCGCGUGGUUGGAUGAUGCCUCGGAAGGACAGAUGACAGAUGUGGCCCACCCAAGCAGUGACGACGAGGCGUGGGACAAAGCUGUGGCGUAGGAGGGGCAGGCGGCACUGGACUCAGUCCCAAGAGACAACCUGGAAGUGGCGUCAGGAUGGACAGCUGUUCGCGGCCACGACGACUGACGAUUGGCAUGGCAUGUGGAAAUGACGUGCAUGCUGGACGUUCCCGGUUUCCUUGGAAAUGGACCACAGAACAGACUCAAAGAUGCGCGUGACAGACAAAGGGAGCACGUCGGCAUGUCAGGUCGUCACGGCGAUGGAUGAAUGGUGGGGGUGCACCUGCCAAAAGCUCCCACUCACCAACGUGAAUGAUGUGCUCAUGACGCAGUCCGCCCGCUUAGCUCAUGCAAGGUCCGUGCUUUUCGAUCUGGCUGUUUGUGCUUUAUAACUCUGCUGCCUCGUCGACCUUUUUCC